UUUCCUGCUAUUACCUGGAUUUUCUUUCAGUUCAGAGUCCCUUAGAGCGUCUGCCAGACUGACAGUUUAACACCUGGAGAGGUGACUUCUGCUGAUAUUAUUAUAAGGCUGAGAUACAGCAAGUGCCGGCAGUUAUUGCUGCCCUCUGGACUUCAGUCUCCGCUCAGUCAGUUUCUGGUCAUUCGAUUCCACAGUCUGUGGACAAUCAGUGAGACAACCAGUGUCCCUGUGGCACCAAUGAAUCUUCCCUGAGGAACCUAAUGGCUCCUGGUUUAAGGUACCAAACAUCUAUAGUGAAUCUGGUGUUGGUCUGCCAGUUACCUUUCAUGGUUUAUGGGUUUCCUUUCUGCACAAUGAAAGCUGAAGAAUCCAUUCCCAUGGACAAAGGAAAGGUGUUCACUAACAGGGAAGAUGCCAGCCAAUUCAUUGGGCGACGUUUGCUCUACAACCAGUUUGACUUUGAAAUGCUGGUCCCUGACAAUUUGGAGAGGGAAUGUUACGAGGAGAUCUGCAACUACGAGGAGGCACGGGAGGUCUUUGAGGAUCCAGAUACAGCGAUGGCAUUUUGGCAAAAAUACACCAAAAAAGAUUCAUCCUCCAAAGACGUUGUAAAGCUUGAUGUUGUCGGCUUACUUACUGGUAUCAUUUCUGGUGGGACGUUGCUUGUAAUUUUGGGCCUUCUUGGAUACUACUGGUAUAUGGUCUACUGUGCUCCACGAAGGCACCGUACUGUCCAAGAUGGAAGCAUUGAAGGCAGAAAUAUAUCAAACAGCUCUAUGAGCUCCGAGGAACUCCCCCUGCAACUAACACUCCCAGCUCAAUUGCUGCCCCCUCCAUAUGACGAAGUUGUAUUGGAUGCAAAUGACGAGCCCCCACCUCCUUACCCAGGGACACAGAAAAAGUCCUUUAAAAAAUCUUUAUCAAUUCCAGCUCAUCAAAAGUAUCCACUAUAGCAGCAUCAUCCAAGCUUUUGCCUUCGGUGGGUCAAUGAUCUGCUAGACCACUUGUCAGUGGCUCGGAUUAUAUUAUGAUGAUGGUGUCACACCAUCAAGAAGUUUAUUGAUGAGCAGGAUGGGGACCCAAGUAAAUCCUCUGGUGGGGUCACAUCUAGACCUAUGGGUUUCCAAUUGAACCAUCAUGCCCUAUAGGAAUAAGGUAUCCUGAUUAAGAACUUAUGAAUAAGAACUUUAUGUAAUCCAUCUGUAAGAAUGGAACUUUGGAAGUGGUGUGUCCAAAGACCAGGGGUCUGGGCUGGUAGCCUGCAGAGUAUUACAAUUAGGGGUAUCUACAGUGAUUUAUGAUAACUGCUGCACCUUUCUGUGCCCUAACACCAUUAAUGUUAUGUGAGUGAUGGGUAAUCAGCGCCUUUAAUAUGUGGCCAAAAUAGAUAACCAUACGUGAUUUGCGUUCCACCAUAUAGUCCAUUGCGCUACUUGUAAUAAAUAAGAAGAGGCACUUCCAUUUCAGAUGCAGGUAUCAAAGCACAGCCGUCAGUCGUUUCCCUUAACAAACUGUCCCCAAAAAAUUAAAUAUACCAUUAUAACAUGGUGAGAUACUGUGAAUAAUACGUUUUAUAAAUACCAGAACCAAAAUACACCAAUGCAUUGCAUGUUGUUUUUUUUUUUAUUAUCUUAAGCUUGUGGCUCGUGUGACUCAAAUCACAUUUCAACAACAUCUUAGGGUCAGGGCACAUGCUCAGAUUUGGGGAGAUGAGUCGCUGGGCGACAAAUAUCCUCUUCUUUGG